CUAGCCUCUUGCAUAUAAAUGAAUGCAAGAGCGAGAGGGCGCUGGCUUCUCCUAAGAGGGAAGUCGGGAACGGGGGAGAGCGCCUCGAGGUACUAAUUGUUCCCGUCUCCAUCGUCCUAGGGGUUGCCCUCUACCAACCACUUCCUAGGCCCUAGGGCCUCUGCGUUAGCUCUUCUUCGGCCAGGUAAUGGAUUCAUGCUGCUUCGAAUAGCUUCCUUCCGAUCGGUUCUCCGCUGGCAAUGCCUAUCUUCGACACUUUUCUGAGAAGAACGGUGGAGUCCUCCGUGAUGUCCAGGUCAUGAGCUUCGCUGUCAUCAGGACCCUUUUUUUCGCGGUAUUUCUUCCAGGUUAAUAUGAUUAUUUUGAACGCUUAGACAAAGGUUUGGAUUUCAGGUCAAAGCAUUUGGUUAUCCUAAGUUGAACUUGUUGUUUGGGUUUGCACUGUGAGAGCAUUUGUUUGCCAGCUCUCAUGCCUCUUCAUAAGAGAAAACCAUUUCCUCUUGCUGAUCCACCAAAGGAUCUGGAUCCAAACGAACUUGUUUACCAAGUUAGAUUCACAAAAGAGAUAUUUCGGGAUUAUCAAGAAUACUUGAACCGAUUAAACCUUUAUCGCCAAAGAUUAUGGACUUGCAAAGUUACAGGAAAAAUUAAUUUGACAUAUGAAGAAGCUUUGGUCUCAGAACAUAAUGCCACAGAGAGAGUGCAGCAAUUUCCUAGUGAAUUGGUACCCCGUGUUCUGAAUAUGAUCCAAUACAGCACCCUCAAUUUGACAGACCUUAUCAAUGAAAUACAUACCAACUUACAGAAAAAUCUUUAUGAAGGUAUAGAGUUACAUGCAAAGAAAGGGGAGUCUGUUUGUGCUUGCAGAAUCAUAGAAGUUAUGAAGGAUGGAGAAAUUGCUCAAUGCAAAGUCGGGUGGUUGGAUAAACUAAGGCAAGUAACCGAUGUGACAGUAGUUAGUGUAGAAGACCUCGUACGCAAGAAGCCGCCCUUUAGUAGAAGUUUUCUAAAGGCUUUUAUUAGAGAAUCUACUUGUCGGAUUUCUCCAUGGUUGGUUCAUGAAAAACUUGCCAAGAAGCAUGGGAUCUUGACUGAUCAACUUGCUGGUCAAAAUAGAGUUAUUGACAUUAGCAGAGAUAGCAAAAAAAGUGGAACAAAAAAUAAGUUGGGUAAUCAAAAUUUUAGACCCCAUCAGAAGAAGAGAAAAACUGAAAAUGGCCAUGAGUCAGAGAAUCAAGUUGAAGAGCCAAUCAUUUAUCCAAUUGAUGAUCUAUUAGUGAAGCCAUCUGCUGAUGAUCCAAAUUAUGCAGAUCGACCUUCUCCAUCUACUGAUUUUCAAGUACCCAUGGAUUGUGUUGGGGACCUUCUUAUGGUUUGGAACUUCUUUACUUCUUUUGGCAGGUUGUUGCACUUAUGGCCAUUCUCUCUUGAGGAUUUUGAAAAUGCUAUCACUCACAAGGAUAGUGAACUUAUGCUUAUUCUGGAAUCUCAUUCAGCAAUUCUUAAGUUUCUCAUUAGGGAUGGUGGUGACUAUUUCACGGCUAUUCAAAACAAGAGGCAGAAAUUAAAGGUUAAACUGACCAACUGGGCUAAUUAUUUAUGUCACUUUCUGGAGAUGAGGAACAAACCAGAAUUGUCAGAUCACAUUCCUAUUAUAAAACGAGGACAUUAUGGUCUACUGGAUAUUCAUGUCAAACUGGGUAUUCUACGAGAACUAGUUGCCGAGGCACUUAUAACAAGUGCUAUUAGAGAUAAGUUAGAUGACUGUAUAGAACAGAAGAAGAUUCUUUUAGCCAGAAGAAGAGAGGAAGUCAAAACAAAUAAAGAACAAUAUCUUCAAAAAGAAGGUGACCAUCACACCAAAGAAGUGAAUCCAGAACGCAUGUUGGUAAAUGGUAAGAGGAAUUAUGUAAAUUCUACUAUUGGCAGCGUGCCUAAAUAUCAUAAUGGUGAUUUAAAAGCUAAUGGAAAGGUUCAGUCAGUAUACAGGAAAUUGAUCAUGGAAAAUGGCAAGUUGCCAGGAAGAAUAGAGGCUAAAGAUGACGAGAAUCAGGAUAAAAUAUCUAUUAAUGAGCAGAGAGAACAUCUUGAAAGGGAGAUAGAGAAGCUUUCAAUCCGCACAAAUUGCAUUGGCAAAGAUAGAAGCUAUAAUAGGUAUUGGUUCUUCCGGCGUGAAGGGAGACUUUUUGUGGAAAGCUUGGAUUCUAGUAAGUGGGGUUACUAUUCUACGAAGGAAGAGCUUGAUGCGCUUAUAGGUUCAUUAAAUGAAAAGGGUGUGAGGGAGAGAGACCUUAAAAGGCAACUUGAGAAGUACUAUGUUAAGAUUAGCACUGCAUUACAAAAGAGAUCAAAGGACAUAGCUCAGAAGGCUCUUAUGGACGAAGGUGAACUGCGACGGUCAGCACGGGUUCGAUCCCAACCAAGGUGUAGUCCGGCCAUGGCAUUUCACAAAUACACCAAUAAAUGGAAGGAGAAACCAAAACAAUCAAAACGCCAUAAAAAAGGUCAUACACUAAAUUUGAUAUUCGUGGAGGGUACCUCUCCUUAAAGAGCAUCUUUCAACAACAAAGUACUUUCGAGAUGCAUUUUUUGGCUAUUGAAUUUAGCAGAAAAAUUGUUACGUGAUACCACAAUACUAAAUUAAUCAGCCUAGAGAGACUUGUUUUAUUGACUUGGGCCGGCGCAGGUUCCCAUCUCAGUUUUGAUUCCUCUUUAUCGCUGAUCAUUUUUUUUUAAUUAUUUUGUAUUUCGUUCUGCCAACUUUUCUUACUUGCAGUUUAUGCUAACAAUUUCUGCGUAAUUUAAAUGUGACAUCCUGCUGCAAGCAAAUAUUUUCCUUUGUGUA